AUGCCUCGCUCAGAAGAAGCAGAGUGGUGGGCCAAUGCAGUCUACUCCGCGAUUCAAGAGAUCCCACACGGCAAAGUCACAUCGUACGGGCAUAUUGCGCUGCUCCUCGGCGAACCACAACGACCGCGACAAGUAGGCGUUUGUCUGAAGUCACUGGCUGGUGCUGAAAGUGGCGCCCACUUCAACUCCAGCAAUGUUCCAUGGCAGCGAGUCAUCAAUGCCAAGGGCAUGAUUUCACAUCGUGGCCCAGGUAGUGCUGAACGUCAAGCCGAGGCCCUCGCUACAGAAGGCGUCGAGGUGACGAGGGAUAGUAUGGGCGAAAUCUACGUCGAUUUUUCGCGUUACGGCUGGUUUCCAAGCAGACUACCUAGUGAAGAAGAGCAAGAAGCUGAUGGCGGGGGGAAGAAGAUGGACAGCUGUUUGUGCAAGAGUCAUAGCGUUGCACACGUCGCUUAG